AUGGGUAUUAAAGGGCGAAGGAAGCGGCUCCGUGCGCGGGAGCUGAGGACGGACGCCGAAGACGCUCAGUGCGACGCGCGGCGGGCUGUGGGCCGCCCCUGCGGCGACGCCGACGGCGACGAGGAGGCUGUUGUGAUGGCUGGCGGGCCCCUGCGGCCCCGCACGGAUGCCCACGGUCUGUCGUGCAUGAAGAAAACUGACUUCUUCAACAUGCAGGACAUGGACUACCUGGACCGCAUUGCGGAGGAGCACGCAAAUCGCCGCACUAGCCACAUCCGCAAGAGGGGGCGGGAGGUGGACGUUGACGCCGCCAUGGCCCAGACAGAGGAAUUGCUGCAGCACCACUACGGCAGCGAGGAUGCCAUUCAAGCCCUGCUCAAUCGGCCCAGCCGCGCUGAAGCAAAAGAAAAGGAGGAAGGAUUGCUUGAGCGGCGGCGAAGUGUGGGCAAAGGCCCACGCUUUGGGCACCCCCUCAUUGGCAUCGAUUCGCAUGUCGUGCAGGGACUCGAGGCGGAGGGCUUCUACCGCAUGACGACUAUUCAACAGCGCGUUGUCCCGUAUGCCCUGCAGGGCUACGACCUCCUUGGACAGGCGAAGACGGGUUCUGGAAAGACGCUUGCCUUCUGUGUUCCUCUUCUGCACGCCACUCUCAGCCUCGUCCACAGGCGACCAAGCGCGACGUAUAGUCUGCUGCUUGCCCCCACAAAGGAAUUGUGCGUGCAGACGCAUGAUGUUUUGAGGUCCAUUUGUCAGCACAUUCCCAAUGAGGUUGCGGCGUUCUCCGUGCAGCUUAUUACGGGCGGGACGAAAGUGACCGAAGAGCGCCGGCUAUUGGUGGCGGGUGCCUCCAUCGUUGUGGGCACGCCGGGUCGCGUGCACGAUCACGUGCAGCACUGCACCCACUGGGAUCUCGGGCGGCUGCGCUUCCUCGUCCUUGAUGAGGCCGACCGCAUGCUGGCGGACGGGUUUCAAAAGGACCUUGACGCGAUUGUGCAGCGCCUGCCGCAGUCUCGGCAAACAUUUCUCUUCUCCGCAACCAACUCCAAGUCCGUGCGGGACCUCGCACGGCUGUCGCUCUCCCGCACCCCACUUUUUAUUGCGACCACCGGCACUGCCCCAUCCCUGGUGCAGACGGAGGCGCGCGACGGCAGAACCGACGCCGUGGCGAAGGCGCCCGUUGAGUUGCCGCCGUACAGCUCCUACGCAGAUCCGCUUAGCGAUGACGAGGCGGACGCCUCAAGGGAGUCGAGUGCGACGCCGCACCGCACGGAGGGAGACGCGGAGCCAAUCCCAAGCACGCUGCGUCAGUUCUGCCACGUCACGCCCGUUGACAAGCGGUUGAUUUGCCUCUACGUCUUUGUGAAGCGCGUUGCCCGCACCUCAAAGGCGAUGGUCUUCUGCUCCACUGUCGCCAGCACAACGUUCCAUUUCCAAAUGAUGGGUUCUGUUGGGUUCCACAACGAGGUGAUGAUGCUUCAUGGUCACAUGAAGCACCGUCAACGUGUGACUGCGUUUAGCGUCUUCAACGAAUGGAAGACAGGCGUGCUCUUCUGCACAGACGUGGCUGCCCGCGGCCUCGACAUCCCAGACGUGGAGUGGAUUUUGCAGUACGACCCGCCACUUGACCCCACCGAGUACAUCCACCGCAUCGGACGAACCGCACGUGCCGGGAAUGUCGGCAACGCCCUCCUCUUCCUCGCGCCGGAGGAGGUGGGUUUUGUCCGCUACCUCUCCAAGUUUGGCAUCACGCUGGAGAAGUACCCGAUGCCGCAGCGGCUGCCGGCUAUCCAGAUGAAGUUGGAGCACGUCCUGCAGCUGGACCCCAUCGUCGCGAAGAGUGCCGUGAGUGCGUACCGGGCGCACGUCGGUGCGUACCAGAACCACCUGCUGAGGGAAACCUUCAGCAUCCGGCGACUAAACCUGGCGGAGCUCGCCCAGAGUUUCGCCCUCACUUCGGCACCGGGCGUCUCACUGCCGAAAAACGCGGAGGAGGGGAAGCGGCAGGAGUACGUCAAGGGCAAACUCAGGUCGCUGAAUCGACGUCGGCAUGAGGCGAAGAAAUACUACGAGGCACAGAAAACGAAGCUUCACUGGACGCCCGACGGCCAGUUUGUUGGCGCCGUUCCACCAAAGUUUUAA